AUGGGAAUCUUCAAGAAAAAGACAAACAAGUCGGAGAAUCCUCCACCUGAAGCCUCCAAAGCCGCAACAGAAGAAGAAGAAUUUGAUUCUAAGGAAAUUGAAGCCUGCCGAAGUGACGGCGGUGGCAUUAACAUUGUCGUUAACAAGCCUGAUGACUCUGCCGCCGGUGUUGAAAAGGAGCGGGAGCUAUCUCAUCCAUCCCUGGUUUCACUUUACAUUAAGGAUGUAGAUGCUAACAAUGACAUUCCAGCCAACUGUUCACCGGUCCGAAUUAGCAAUGAAUGGUUCGAUAUGGACAUGGUCGUCAUGUUGCGAACGCCCAAUGUUGAUGACGACACAUCUCCAAAAGGAACGGAAUGGAAUCAAAAGGUUGCUGAUUACUUUAGACCCAAGCAACGACGUUUUGAAUUUCAAUAUCAAGUCAAGCUCAAGAAGAAACCAGAAGACAAGGAACUCUUUUAUGCCAUUCAGUGGAAUGAACCAGUUAAGCUGGGAAUCAUCCAACGUACCUUUCUGGCUGCCAUUUUGGCCUUUUUGAAACGAACCAGACCUACCGUUCACUAUUCCACCACUGGAACGGAAAAGAAGGAAGACGGAUCCUUUGAGAAACCGCACUUGGCCAACUUUAUCGAAAUUGGCCUUGAUCGCGUCGUCAUCACCAAGCCCGGUGAAGAACCUCCAGCACUGGGAGGAGACAUCGAAGAAGAUCUCGAUCACUACAAGGCACGAAAGUCUGGAAAGGUCAAGAUUGAUUUCAACACCGAAGACACCUACACCUUUGCCCUGUGGAAUGCCAAUGUCGAUUGGAUCGACUGGAAGAUUGUGGGCAUUCCUGGCGUUGGCUCCUUGGAUCUCAACAAAUUCUUGGGUAAUCAGCCCUUGAGUAUUUUGUUGUACAUGUUGGACAAGAAUCGUGGCAACACGAAUCACUUCCAAAAGGAUCAGGAAUUGAUAGUCCACUUGGAAAUGUCAAGUAUUUUUCAGCAUAAAGACAAGGAAGAAAAGAAGAAGGGCGGCUUUUGGUAG